GACGUGUGCCAGAAGCACCAGAAGCCCGUUGCCAGCGAAGGCGCGCUUAUGUGAGCCGUAUGACGGAGUGCGCGCGCGAUUUGCACAUGAUUACGCAGACUUUUGCCGAUACCUAGAUUGCGAGAAGUUGCCCUUGCGCCGGCACAGUGACAGAUACGUAAAUUGACUACACUCCAGUGAAACGUGUGCUCAUCAGUUUGAAACGUGUUCAUAGUUCGUUCGCGUUGGUGCAAGUGCGCGUAUGUACUGAUGGCGAAAAGCCUGUGCGUUACAUAUUUGUUAUGGCUUACGUUGGGUGCGCUAGGCGCACAUCAUUUCUACCUUGGUCGCGACCGGCAAGCUCUUGUGUGGUUGAUGACAUUGGGUGGUUACUUCGGCCUUGGCUGGAUCAGAGAUAUUUGGCGGAUUCCAUAUUAUGUCAAAUACGCCAAUGGAGAUCCAGAGACUGUCGACAAGUUGAAGGAAAAAAUACGCAAGCAUGCGAAGCCGCCAUCAAGUACUGUUAGGUCUAUAGGGCAAAUGAUUGUUUCAGACGCCCUCGGUUACAUGAUUUUGUACGCCAUACCGACGGAGUACGUUCCUGAAGAGUACAUGGCUUUUGCUGCUCUGCCAGUGCCAUUGGCUGUGGCAAUUGGUGUCCACUUGGUCGGGAACAUAGGGGAACAGAAAGGCAAUUUCAAGAUGCCAUUGUUGGGAGCAUACUUGACAUACCCUCUCUACUUCUUCAGCACACACAGCGUCUUUUGGACCAGCCUGGCUUCCAGCUACUUCUUCAAAAAUUAUGCUAAAACAUGGCGCCUUCAGCCACAGCCUGCCAAGCCAUUGCGUAAACGGCUGGUAGUGUUCAUCACGUGUGGCCUGCUCUACAGCUCCAUGUGGGCCUCAUGGCUGUACUUCAACUGUAGCAUGACUGACAAUGAUGGCACUGAGGUCAAGUGCCGCGACUCCAUUCGGCACUUCUUUAGCAGCCCACUGUGGCAGGACUUCAAAAGCGUCAUUUUGGCUAUGUACAACCAAGUACGACAGCAGGGAUGGAGUGAACUCUGGCGGCUCUUUAUGACGGCUCUUGAUCCUCAAGGAGAAGCCAAUGCCAUUAAGGUUCUUGGUGUUGAACCGAGUGCCUCUCAAGAAGUCAUCACAGCAGCUUAUCGCAAGCUGGCUCGCCAGUGGCACCCUGAUCGCUUUAAAGAAUAUGGUAAAAAGCUGGAAGCUCAAGAGAAGUUUAUUGAGAUUCAGAAGGCAUAUGAAGUCCUCUCCAACUUGAAAUCACGGCGACUAAAAAAGAAUGCUCAAGAACCUGAAGAUCCAAGUGAUGCUCGUAGCGAGUUCUGAUUUGCUCAACAGUUCAAAUAUGCUGGGGGCAGUUCCAAAUUUUUUUUCUGCCAAUCGGACUAUAUCUGAUAUGAACUUCCUUGGUGGCAUUGUUUUUACGUGUUUUGUAGGAUAUGUGUGUGCAGUGGUGCCUUUUUUUCUACCAAUAUAUUGUGGCAGCACAGCAUUAGUCAGUGGACAUCAUAGGUCACGGGUAGCACAUUACUUCCUUUUACUUCGCACAUACAUCCACGUGUAGUGUUCAGCUACCAAAAUGCUCAAAUCCAUACAAAUUUUUUCAGUAUAACUGUGCCUUAAGAUAUAUUCGUUCUGUGAGACGUUGCAUUCCAAAGAUUUUUAUUUAUCUAGACAAGCGGCUUUUGUUGACAGCAGCUAAGUAAGCCUUUCAUAGUUGCGUUUACAGCUUCAGAAAAAUGUCAAGUGUUCUAGGAAAAGUUGCAGCAUAGUGCAGUAAACAGUGUAGAGCCAUUGUAUUACUUUUUAUGCCUCAAAUGCUGUAUAGAUGUUUUUGAAUGAUCUCUUGCUCAGGGGAGUACUAUUCGGGGUGUCAGAACCAGAUUUUUUUUUAUUGCAGUGAGAGCUUGGCUUUGGUUAAUGUUCUUAAUUUUAUUAUUUCUUGCAAAUGAAGCUAGGAGGUGGGAAAAAAUUGUAACGGCUUUUGAGCACAAAAUAAGUUGGCCACUGUUAGUAUAUCAUCACUUGCAUAUUUAUAUUGAACUUUCUUAUCCAAACAUUACUCACAGCAGUUUACAGUGCUCCAACGUAUGCAGAGGGUAAACAUAUUUAAACUAAAAUAGUUUCACUUGUGAAAAUGCGUCACUCUCGCGGUGUCCAAAGACUAAAAAGAAUGCAACUUGUUCGGGGGCAGUGGUGUUGUGACAGAGCAAAUGUGCUUUGAAGCGUUGUGCAAUAACCAAGCCUUUUCCUGCCUUUUUCUGUUACAUAAUUUGUCCUUAUGUGAGUGAAUGUAUGUAUUUUUGUAUUUUUUUAUAUCUUUUUGGCAUUAGUGCUUGCUGCAUUGCUGAGCUUAUUUGGAUAGCAUGUUCUAGUGCUUCCAAAUGAAGUGUGCAAUGCUUUCAUGUCAAUACUCUUGUAUGGGUGUACACAUGUAAAUUGCGCUAAACCAUAAUACAAACCUUUUCCAUAGAUGGAGGCAAUAAUGUUCUUCUGUGCCUUAUGGGAACAGUGAGCUUGCCUAUUGUGGAAUGUUUCUACCAAUUCCAUUGUGUGAUCAAGCUUGCUAAAUAGCAGCUUUCCCAUGUGAGAAAUUUAUGGCCAUGUCUUGCUGCCGUAUCUGUGAUUGUUAUAGUGUGUCAGCCUCUACUGUUUUUGGUAGGAUAUCUAUGUUAUUUUAUGCAGUGCUUUAGUGGCAAACUCUGCACUUUGUGUAAGCAUCCAUAGUCACAAAGAAUCAGAGGUGGUGUUACUGGGGAAAAAGAGCAGCUAUGUGACAAAUCGACUGCCUGCUAUAAAUCCCUGUCUAUACUUUCAUAGUGCAACACCUGGUCUGAUGCAGAUGCUGAAGAAUGUGUGAAUGUUGUUGUAAGUAUGUCAUGAAUGCCUUGGUUAAGUUGCUGCCUGCACUAUGUGGAAGGCUUCAUGGCAAAGGAAGUUGUACAAGUUGGCAUGUGCUGUUCAGGGCCCGACUCUGUUUCAAUUCUGCAGUCAUCAGCCACCAAGAAUCUAUUGUGAUCACAGUUAGAGGUUGUAAAGGCGAUGGCAUGGUCUGCACUGUGUCCAUCUGCGCAAUUGUCUGUAGAUGCUUACAUAGGCAGCUCAAUCAUUCCAGAGCAGAAAUAAAUUAGUAAAGGAAAAUGU